UCCGGCUGCUUCACAUCAGCUUCACUUCACUUUGUUUUCAACUCGUCACAGUGGUUUUUAUUCUUCUGUCUGUUCCAUCAGGUUCUCCAUCAUGCUCCCUCACUUCUCUCUUGUGAUGGGAGCCCUGCUCUCAUUGGCCGUAUCCCAGCUGGUUGCUUUGGAGACCUGCCAAGCAACAGGGAUGCCCGGGAUACCAGGUAUGCCUGGGCUGCCCGGCAAAGACGGUCGUGAUGGAGAGAAAGGAGUGAAAGGAGAAACAGGAGCACAGUGGCGCGGCGGUGGCGGCCAACAGAACGGAGAGAAGGGCGAGCCGGGGACGAUGGGAUUCCCUGGUAAACGAGGUCAGAGUGGGGAGUCAGGGAAACCCGGGGCCCCAGGGUUUGAAGGACCUCCUGGAGAACCAGGAGAACACGGGACGGUUGGAGUCCAGCAGAGGGCGGCCUUCAGCGUGGCCAGAGGCACCAAUGAUUUCCCGGAGAGAAAUAGCGUCAUUCGUUUCACUACAGUCAUCACCAACAUCAACAAUGACUACGACACAGGCACAGGACACUUCAGGUGUCGCGUCCCAGGGACGUACUACUUUGUGUUCCACGCCUCUUUAGAGGAUCGUCUCUGUGUCCUGAUGAAGCUGGACGGAAAGCUGCUAUUGCCCUUCUGUGAUCUCCGCCGAGGGAAAAGACAGGUGACGUCGGGCGGCCUGACCGUCUACUUGUCCAGGGAUCAGGAGGUUUGGCUGGAGACUAAAGACUACAGAGGGAUGAGAGGAAAGCCCAGCGGUUACAGCAUCUUCUCCGGCUUCCUGCUGCGCCCGCACUGACCCGGGAAACACAAAACAACCUCCGUCCUCAAACCUCUCGACAGCAAACUGGGUCACUUCAUCGGCUACAAUAUAUUCUGACUGGUAUCUGCAUUUAUCUACUGCGUGAAAAACAUUGUGCAGACGCAGAGAAGACUUUAAUUUAUAUUAUAGUUUGAUUUAGUCACUUUUGAGGAAGAAGGGAUUUGUUUUCCAUUAGUAAUUGGGUUUAAUAUUUUUUUUCAUCAGCUUUCUCUUUUUUUUUUCUUCACUUUUAAAAGUUACCAGGUCCAAUUCACUGUGUUGAAUUUAUUUUCUCUGUCACAAGUUGAACUGGAAAACUACAAAUAAAGAUCUGAAAACAACCUCAAA